AGCAAGCCUGGAGUCCUGUUGGCCUUCCACUCAGACAACCAUGAGGUACCGCUUGAGGAGAAGCACCGCUUUCCGAUGUCAAAGUACAGACUCACAAGGCUGGCCUUGGAAGGGGACGCCACUGUAAAGGACUUGCUGGAGAUCAGAGAGGCGCCACAAGCAACAGAGGAGGAUCUGGCGCUUGCGCAUGACCCAGGCUAUGUGCGGCGGUUCUUUGAGGGACAGUUGGGCCCAAAGGAGAUGCGAUCCAUUGGAUUCCCUUGGUCAGAAGGUCUGGUGAGAAGAGCCAGAGCCUCUGCAGGAGGCACACUGGCCGCCACCCGAGCCCUGCUCGAAUGGCAGCUGCCAUUCACCGCCAACAUUGCAGGUGGCACGCAUCACGCCUUUGCAGGCAGGGGCGAGGGCUUCUGUGUCUUCAAUGACAUCGCUGUGUCUGCCAGGAUGGCAAUGACUGAGGAGGGGAUUGAAAAGGUCCUAGUGAUUGACCUUGAUGUGCACCAGGGGAAUGGAACAUCUGCAAUUUUUGCGCAGGAUGACCGGGUGACAACCUUUGAUGUCCAUGGGGACAAGAACUAUCCUUGGAAGACUCGCUCCAAGUCGACAUAUGAUGUGGCACUUAAGGAUGCCACCAGGGAUGAGGAGUAUCUGGCACUGCUGCGAGAGUGGCUGCCACGACUUUUUGCUGAGCAUCGCCCGCAGCUGGUGUUCUUUCAGGCUGGCGUGGAUGCUAUGGAGAAGGACAGCUUUGGCAGGUUGAGCCUGACACGCAAAGGGCUCUUGGAAAGGAAUGAGAUGGUACUGUCAAAGUGUCUUCAGGAAGGUGUCCCUACAGUCAUUACAAUGGGAGGGGGCUACUCAAGGCCCAUAGACAAAACUGUGGAGGCACAUGCAGAUGUGUAUCGCACAGGGGCA